AUGCCUGCCACGGCGACCCGUGCCGUGCUGCGGCAAUCGCAGUUCCUGACCCGGACCGCGGUCAGACACUCUUCUUCCACAUCUCAGGCCGCUUCCAAGGCGACUGAGACCGCUUCUUCUACUGCCUCGAAGGCGCAGGAGGGUCUCUCGCGUGUCUCUUCCUCUGCCGGCCCUGCCAUCUCGAACGCCGCCCAGGGCCUCGGCAACACCCUGAAGAAAGUUGGUGGAAGAACCGGAAAAGUCGUCUCCUUCAUUGAAUCCAUGAUACCCCCUACUAUCUACUACUCCAGAGUUGGUCUCGAGCUCGGCAAGCUGGUGUUCCGUGGUCAGAACAUGACUCCUCCGAGCACCGCUACUUUCCAAUCAUACUUCCAGCCUCUGGUUAACUCUCUUCGCAACCCUGCCACCCUCCAGAACGCCAAGUUCUCUCCCCAAAAUAUCCUGGCCCGUGUCCGCAACGCCAACAAGAAGGAGAUCGCCCUUGCUGGUGUUACCGCUGCGGAGGUUAUCGGAUUCUUCACAGUUGGAGAGAUUAUUGGUCGUUUCAACAUCGUUGGCUACCGGGGUGAGGCUGGCCACGGACACCACUAG